UUUAGCUCGAAAAAAUCUAUAGAAUUACUUCGACUUUAACGAGGCAAAUUGCCUCCAGUAAACUCCUCGUUUGACACAACAUUCUAUUCUAAUGAGGUGGUUAACAUUUUCAUACAAAACAAGUGUAACCAAACGAUGCACCAGAAUCUCAAGAAUACGAAAAUUAGGAAAGAAGUGCUGUCAUUGCUUGUACAUCUAGCAUAAGUUGCUGGACGAUGGUUUACAGCAUUGUAAAUGCUUUGUGAUGGACUCAAUAGUUAAGAAUUCACUAGUGUUUUCAUUCACGUCCACUCAGAUAAAUAAAAAUGUAAUGUAAAUUUCUGUGUUUACCCGCGGUAAUUGACACCCUCUAUUUUCUUUGGAAAAGAGCAUUUUAAAAAUUUCAUAUGAGAGAAUGGCAAUUCGUAUUACGUUAGAAUGUGGUCACUCAUCGAUGUUACGUAUGCGCACUACCCCUCAGGGUUAUACUCAUGAUUGGGAAUUAUUUGUGCGGGGUGUUGAAAACGCUGACAUACAUCACUAUGUUGAAAAAGUGGUUUUUCAACUGCACGAAACUUUCUCAAAACCAAAGAGGGUAAUAAAGGAUCCACCGUUUGAGUUCAAAGAAUCCGGCUACGCCGGUUUUGAGAUUCCCAUUCACAUUUACUUAAAAAACAAGGAUGAAGGAAUCAAAAAGAUCGAAAUUUUAUAUGAUCUUAACUUACAACCUAGUGGACCUGCCAUUACAAACGUGAUACGGCAUACUGAAAUAAUUAAUAAUCCUUCAGAUGAAUUUAGAAGAAAAUUAUUGAAGGGUGGUGGUAUCAUUGUAUCCAGUUCCGAAAGUUCAGCAGAAAAAAGUGAAAAUAAGACACCAACUAUGGUUAGCAAACCGAAGUUAAGUGGAAGCGAAACAAAAAAGCACAAAACCGUGGAGUCAAAGACAUCAAAUUCUUUUGCUGAAUUGUUUGGGACUCCUUUGAAACCUACAAAGGUUUCUCAGGAUACCAAAAAGCCAACGCAACCGGAAAAAUCAUCGGCUCCUAAACCAGUAGUUACCACAGAAAAGUCGGAUAAGGUGGAAAAAAUAUCAAAACUAAAAGAUAGCCCUCACAAAGAGAGUAAAAAAGAGAAAGUAGACGAUAAAAAGGAUAAGAAGAUCAAAGAUCAAUCGAAAGAUAAAAAUCGGAGUAAAGAAAAAUCAAAAAGGCCUUCUAGUCCAAGUAAUAAAAGUCACUCGAGCCCCUCUAACAAAAGACCUCCAUCGCCAGUUUCAUUGAAAAGACCACCUAGUCCCUCCACUCUCCCUCCUGCAAAGAGACCAGCUUCUCCAAAAUCCAAGGAGAAAGAGUUGAAGAAAGUGGUUUCAGAGAAGGAGAAGGAAAAAGGCAAAGAAAAGGAUAAAGCGAAGGAUAACUCGAAGAGCGCGGCAGAUUCUUCCAAGAGCGAGAAGAAAAAGGAUAAAAAGAAGCACAAAGAGGACAGAGACAAGGAAAGGAAAGACAAGUACAAAGAAGGAGAACGGUCUGCCGCUAAGGAGAUUCUAAAAUUGAAUGAAAAGAAAAGCGACAAACCGGAUAAAUCGGAGAAAUCCGAAAAGGAGAAGAGUCAAGAAUAUAAAUCGGCGAAAGAUGGUAGGAAAUCACCAAAGCCGUCGAAGGAGGUUGAAAAGCCAAAGGAGGAAAAGUUAUUGAAGAUAGAGAAGCCAGAGAAGACUGAGAAAUCCGACAAAACGAAAGACGGGAAGAAUGAAAAGGACAAGCAGAAGCAUAAGCACAAAAAGAGGGAGAAGAAGGAUAAACGGGACAGCAGCAAGGAAAGGGACAAGAAGGAGAAACGCGACAGGAUAAAGUCGUCGACGGAGAAGCAGAACAGCGUGCCAAACGUGCCGGUAGCCAACCCGCUUUCGACUUUAUUGGCCGAAAUGCCAGAAAGGGAUAGCAGCGAUUCGGCGCCAUCCAUCGACGACGAUUCCUUCUCCGAGCCAAAAUUACCACCCCCCGUUAAAAAGGAGAUGGAGAACGUGACAGUGUCCACGCCGCCCACGGAAAUGGCGAAACCACUUUCGCCCGGAAUGCCGACGGACAUCAAGAAAGAGAAAGCGGAUCGGAACAAGAGGGAAAAACCGAAAGGGAGCAAAGGGGAGGAGAAGGAAACCCGUAAGAGGAAACGGAGGAGCGAGAGCAAGGGUGACGAUGAACACGCGGUUAAAAGAGAGAAGGACAGAGGGCAUUCAACUUCUCCUCCUUUGGAGCCAGUUUCGUCGAGCCAAUCGCCGGUUGUGGUAGACCAGGAAACGGUUCAUAUCGCGAAAGAUAAGGAGGAUCGUCCCGCGACCGAGCAGGUCGUUGAAAAAAGUGUGGAGACCGAGGCGGAACAAGUGGCACCAGAUUCGACGAACAGUACUUUGGUCGAUACAGAGAUGGGGGAGCCGCCAGUGUUUUCGGAGGAUUAUGUGUCCCAAUUGAAAGACUUGCAACAAAAGAUAAUGACUCUGCAGGACAACCAGGAGCUACAGAGAGUUGUUCAGGUGAUCGCGGAGACCGGUCAGUACGAGAUCACGAAGAAGACAUUUGACUUUGACCUGUGCGCCCUGGAUCGUAGAACAGUGCAGCGCCUACAGCAGUUCUUUGCGUCGUGACCGUCUGUAGCUUAAAAGUAUAUGACAUCUCCUUCAUUUUACAUAUUAUUAUUCUAUGUAUAAGUCACUAAGUUAUUUGAGCUUACAAGAGAUUCUUCCACGUGAAUAUAAAGUAAUAUAUAAGACCCCAGACGGAUAUUGCACAUGACACCUCCUCGGCAAAGGAGAGGAAAUCGUUUUCUUUUAUCUGGGCGCACGCUUGAAUUUCAUUGUUCUUUCGUUUCAGUUUAACGACCCGCAUACAUUUCGAUCGCGUCGCGGAUAUACGUAUGCAUAAAUUAUUGCAUAGAGGGGGAUUUAACGAGGAAACGAGACACGACAUUAUUGCUUUUUAACUCCAGGUCCUUCGUCUUUGUCACGAGAUCGGCUUAUUUUCUUACAUUUAUACACGUUUCCAGCACUUGUUACUUUUUACGUUAAUUUUGUACAUAGGUGAUACAUACAUAUAACUUGUAUAAAGCACGGAUCGGGAAUUGUACAUUUGCAUCGUCGUGUAACAUAGAAUUUUUACCGUUUAUCUGGGGAACGUUCUCGAAAUGAUCUGCAGUGCAUUUAUUCACGUUAUGUAGACACGAAUAUAUAUUGUUUUCUUGUAUAUUAUAAUGAUGAAAAACAUUUUACGUUUUCGUUUCAUCGCGUAAUCGGGGUCGUUCGAAAAAGAAAAUUCUGUGCAUCGCAUUGCCUUGUAACAUAGAUAUAUUCUUGAUAUCUCGCGAAGAAUUUAACGUAGGUUCAUCCUCAUGAAUCAAGGACACCUUCUAUUUAUUGAUAUUUUCAUACGCGUUGUAUUAAUAUAAGAACA